AAAACAGUCUUUUCAACAACACACACGUACACGCCUUCAUCUCUCAACUCUCAACCAGGUUCUCUGUGUCCGUCAUGCCCAGUAAACUGGAGGGAGCAAUGGAUGCGCUGAUCACCGUCUUCCACAACUACUCCGGCAGUGAAGGAGACAAAUACAAACUGAGCAAAGGAGAGCUGAAGGAGCUUCUCAACGCUGAACUCACCGACUUCCUCAUGUCUCAGAAGGACCCGAUGCUGGUGGAGAAGAUCAUGAACGAUCUGGACUCCAACAAGGACAACGAGGUGGACUUUAAUGAGUUUGUGGUUCUGGUGGCGGCGCUGACUGUGGCCUGUAACGACUUCUUCCAGGAACAACAGAAGAAAAGGAGCAAAUAGAACACAUUGUAUACCCGUAAUGCUCUAUGACGCAUUAAACCAUCACAGCAGUCCUCCUGUUACUCCACAUUCAUCUACAUCUUUGUAUUUAAAAUAUUUAAAAUGACAGUUUUCUCACAUUAAUGUAUUUAUCGUAAACUGAGUGCUGGAUCUCAUUAGUUUGUAGUUUGCAUUUCAUUAAAUCAUUCAAUCAAAGCAGUUAUUCAAUGAUUUUUAUUCUUUUUCACUACAGCGUAAUGAACCGCCAACUAUUCCGGCAUAUGUUUUACGCAGCGGAUGUCCUUCUGGCCGCAACCCAGUACUGGGAAACACCCAUAUAUUCUCACAUUCAUCACACUCAUACACAACAGCCAAUUUUGUUUACCCAAUUCACCUAUAGCGCAUGUCUUUGGACUGUGGGGGAAACCAGAGCACUUGGGCGAAACCCUGCAUGCCAACACGGGGAGAACAUGCACACAAAAAUGCCAACUGACCCAGCCUGGACUUGAACCUGUGAGGUUCUUGCUGUGAGGCGACAGUGCUUUGUUAAUUAGUAUGAAACUUAAGUGUAGUGUAUAAAUUGUUUAUUUUAAAUUAAAACUAUUUCGACAUUUUAGAUAAUUGAAAAUGAUUGCUGAAAUAAAAGAAAUUAGAAAUGUUACCCCAAUGACUAAUAAAAAAACACUAAAACAGUUUUUUAUACAUACUAAGUUAAUCAUAAUUAUUGUUUAGUUUUGCUUCAGUUUUAUAACAGUUCAUA